GGCCUAUUUUGCGCAAAUACCAACCAGCUGUCAAAUUUGUAUGGUACUUGUCAAAAAAAUUAUCAAGGAAAUCGGCGAAAUUUAAGUUUAUCAUAUAAAAUAAAUUAUAAGUUCUCGUGUCUACAAAGGAUACAAAGUAAAGAAACGGAAUAAUAAACAAAAAUACUUUUUAUUUUCGAUGCCGGAACUUGUAUUUAGUUUUAUUAGCGUGCUUGUACACAUCGUUCUUUGUACAAUAAGUCAGACUUAUCCUUUCCUUUUGAGUUUCGCAUCGAUAAGUGAAGAGGGGUAAAUAAAAAAAUCUCAAUGAAUAACAACCUGGCAAAGAUGAUAACGGAGCAACUACGGAAUCCAAACGAGCUGGACAUAAGCCUAAGAAUGGAGUUUGGACCAUUUGAAACAGUACAUAAAUGGAAAAGAAUGUCGGAGUGUUACGAGUUUGUUGGGGCAAGACGGAGCAAGCAUACAGCAGUAGCAUACAAAGACGCUCUAUACGUUUUUGGAGGAGACAAUGGCAAGUCAAUGUUAAAUGAUCUCAUCAGAUUUGAUAUCAGGGAGAAGUCUUGGACUAAAACUGGUUGCAUGGGAGUACCGCCUGCUCCUAGAUAUCACCAUUCCGCUGUGGUCCAUCGAUCAUCAAUGUUCGUUUUCGGUGGAUACACGGGCAAUAUACUGGCCAACUCAAACUUAACCAACAAGAAUGAUUUAUUUGAGUACAAGUUCCAAAGCGCUCAGUGGGUGCAAUGGAAGUUUACUGGACAAGAGCCAGUGCCCAGGUCGGCACACGGCGCGGCGGUGUACGACGACAAACUGUGGAUAUUCGCUGGAUACGACGGCAACGCGAGGCUCAACGACAUGUGGACGAUAAAUCUGGUGGGCGAGAAUCACCAAUGGGAAAAGGUGGAGCAGAAGGGCCAGUGUCCUCCAACAUGCUGUAACUUCCCCGUGGCGGUGGCGCGCGGCAAGAUGUUCGUGUUCAGCGGACAGAGCGGCGCCAAGAUCACCAACGCGCUGUUCCAGUUCGACUUCGAGACCCAUACAUGGUCGCGCGUGUGCACGGAGCACCUGCUGCGCAGCGCGGGCCCGGCGCCGGCGCGCCGCUACGGACACGUCAUGGUGGCGCACGCCAGGCAUCUCUACGUGUUCGGCGGCGCCGCCGACAACACGCUGCCCGCUGACCUGCACUGCUACGAUAUUGACACGCAGAUGUGGUCGGUAGUGAACCCGGCCCCGGACUCGCAAAUCCCGUCGGGUCGGUUGUUCCACGCGGGCGCGGUGGUCGGCGAUGCGCUCUACAUCUUCGGCGGCACGGUCGACAACAACGUGCGCAGCGGCGAACUGUUCCGCUUUCAGUUAUCUAACUACCCUCGCUGCACCCUCCACGACGACUUCGGCCGCAUUCUGAAGUCGCAGCAGUUUUGUGACGUCACGCUGCUGGUUGGCGAUGAACAGACGCCCGUGUUGGCUCACCAAGCGAUGCUGGCUGCGAGAUCGCAAUACCUUAGGGCUAAAAUCAAGGAAGCAAGAGACGAACUCGCUAAGAAAAUAGCAUCAGGAGAAGAGAAGGCGUCCGAAGUUUAUUCGUAUAAGAGUCCGCCGCAGUUGACGGUCACUUUGCCCGAAGCCACGCCCGAGGCGUUCAACAUGGUACUGAACUACAUAUACACGGAUAGAAUAGACCCCACUGAGAAAGACGAGAACCCAGCGUCCCCGGCGACGGUGCUGCUGGUGAUGGAGGUGCUGCGGCUGGCGCUGCGGCUGAGCAUCCCGCGCCUGCGCGGCCUGUGCGCGCGCUACCUGCGCGCCAACCUCUGCGCCGACAACGUGCUGCCCGCGCUGCACGCCGCGCACCACGCCCGCCUCGCCUGCAUCAAGGAGUACUGCCUCAGGUUCGUGGUGAAAGACUACAACUUCACUCCGAUCGUGAUGUCGAGCGAGUUCGAGCGCAUGGAGCAGAGCCUGAUGGUGGAAGUGAUCCGCCGCCGCCAGCAGCCGCCGGCCAAGCCGCCCGCGGCCAACGAACAGGACCAGGAGAUCGUCGGCACGACGCUGGAGCAGGACAUGUGCGUGGUGGUGGGGGGCGGUGGCGCGGAGCUGGCGGACGUGCGCCUGCGCGUGGGCAGCGCGACGCGUCCGGCGCACCGCUCGGUGCUGGCCGCGCGCGCCGCCUACUUCGAGGCCAUGUUCCGCUCCUUCUCGCCCACGGAUAAUAUUGUCAAUAUACAAAUCUGCGACACUGUGCCAUCGGAGGAAGCUUUCGACUCUUUACUGCGCUAUAUUUACUAUGGCGACACCAACAUGCCUACCGAAGACUCGCUUUACCUGUUCCAAGCACCUAUAUACUAUGGGUUCACAAACAACCGCUUGCAAGUGUUCUGCAAGCAUAACCUGCAGAGCAACGUGUCGCCGGAGAACGUCCUCGCCAUACUGCAAGCCGCUGACCGCAUGCGCGCCGCCGACAUCAAAGAGUAUGCUCUGAAGAUGAUUGUGCACCAUUUUGGACUGGUCGCAAGACAAGAAGCCAUCAAGAACCUAGCGCAGCCUCUCCUGGUGGACAUCAUAUGGGCGUUGGCAGAGGAGCCGCACUUCGACUCGCCCCUCCCCGUACAGCCUCGGUCACUCCCGUCCUCGUCAUCCGCGGACACACUCACAGACGACCCCGAGUACGCACGGCAUAAGUGCGGAAAAUCUUAAAUACUGCAUGCAUCACAAGUAGAUCUCUAUUGAAUGUUGUGUAACAUUAUACGUAUAUAGGUCUCUUUCUGUCCUACUGCUGUGUUGAGCACUACUGAGCAAGUUACAUACGCCUUGGUUCCUCGGUCUAUUGCGGAUUCUUAAGUGAUUUUCCAGCAAAAAAAAUAUAGCUCAGUGCAGCGUGACAGAAUUCUCAUACCUUCGAAAUUCAUGUAGACUUCUCAGGUAUGUACGAAAAAAUUAUAGGUGUUAUAUAAUUUCUUGUCUGUUAAAUUUCGAGAUGUGAAAUAUAUAUUUUGUCCCAAAUAUAUCAGGGUUGUAAACUGCAUUUAAUGCCAAAAAUGUCUGGAUGUCAAAAUAUGUCCUAAAAAUGUGUUAUUUACAAUACAUUGUCUUAACAGAUUUAAUUUUAUAUUUCUAGUUGGUAAGUGAAUAUGUAACAAAUAAGCUAAGGCUGUGCAUUUACUAAAUGGCGCGAGCAGACGGAACGUCUUUAAACACAAUUAUAUUUAAAUUUAUGAAUAACUCUUAUACCUUGAAUUGUACUUGGUUGAAUUUAGUUAUAAAAUGAAAUGUCUGUGUACUAAACUGUUCUUAAUUAUAAAAAAUAUUUCUGCAAUUAUGCAUAAUAUGUUUAAUAAUUAUCAUUCCUAUUUAUUAUAUUACACAUUAUUCAACUUUAUUAGUAGAUAUUGUGAAAUAUACAAACAUAAAUCAUGUUAUCCAUAAAAUGUAUAUUUAAAUGUUUAAAAAUUUGUUGGUGUCUCUUUAUAUAUCUACAUAAUGUAGAUAAUUUAGUGUUGAUGUCGCGCCUGCGCAUAUUUGAUGUGUAGAUAACUAGUUUAGACACUAGGUUAUCAUUUUCUUUAUUAUAGAAAUGUUACAAAAAGGUGAAAUGAAGAAAUGGCCGUCACUAGCAGCAGAUAGCUCAUCGAAGAGUAAGUGAUAGGGAUGCGACUAGCUGUGUUGCCAGGUUUUUUUUAAUAGGGGCUGUGCCCCACACUUGGCUGUAGUGUGGACUGUUCAUGAACAUUUAUAAAUCAUUUCAAAAGUAUACUUAAAUAGUAAAAGAGUAUUAGUAAAUGUGUACUCAUUUAUGUUGUUGAUGUCUCAUUUAGAUAUAAGGGCAUAUGUAGACGCGUUUUUAUGGGUCAUUGCCACACUAAUACGCGCAACUAGCGCAAGUAUCAGACACCCGUCAUCACAAACUACAUCGUCUGCAUAAGCCUUUAAAGCAUACAUUUAGACAAAAAUAUCAAUUAAAUAGUCCAUUACUUUUCCAACUUGCAUGGUACUUGGAAUACUGAUAGUCAUUUUUGACCUUUUUAUUCCAAAUUUCUUCACUCAGUAAUAGUCAAAAAUACUGUUACAGUAUGGCUGCUUAGUCAUAGUCUAUCUAAAUUUAG